AUGUUCCAUAAGCAAGCGGAUAUAUUCCGCAGCAGGACGGGAGAAGCACAAUUGGUGUCAGAGGAAAGCAGUCACGCGGAGGUCAUGAACGCCGCUUCGAUGACAAACGACUCCAUCAUUAUACCAGUGGGAUUUUACAUUGUCGGAUUUACAUCUUUAAAGUUGAUCGAUUUAUAUUUAAUUUUCCUUGCAGUCGUUUAUAUUGUAACGGUUCUGUCCAACUCCAUUAUCCUUUUCGUUAUAGUGACAGAUCAUCGCCUACACACUCCAAAGUACCUUGCUGUGGCUAAUCUGGCGAUCGUCGACUUGUUCUUCAGUACAGCCUUUGUUCCUGGAAUGAUCAAGGUGUUUCUCGUGAAAGAUAACUUUAUUUCCUACAACGCAUGCUUGGCACAGAUGUUUUUUUAUUUGUGCUUUCUAAUUUUAGAGCCGUUUUCACUCACUGUACUUGCCUAUGACAGGUUCAUUGCGAUAUGUUUCCCAUUGAGACAAAGCUCGAUCAACACAAUCACCGCCAUGAUCACGAUUUUCGUCACUGUUUGGUCAUUUUGUGUAGGUAUUGGUUUCUACAUAGUUUCAAUCGUGACCAAACUGUCUUUCUGCAAUUUGCUCUUUGUGCAGAGCUACUUUUGUGACUACGCCCACGUUUUCAACCUAGCUUGCAAUUCAGACAGUUUACAGUGGUCCACGAUCCCUACUCUGUUUCUAGUUGUCGUGUUUGGGAACUUUAGUUUAACCGGCAUCUCAUACGUCUGUAUUUUGACAGCCGUAUUUAGAAUGAAAAGUGUGGAGAGCAGGUACAAAGCCCUUUUAACUUGCACAGAACAUGUUGUUCUCGUGGCAGUAUUCUACGGGCCGUUUUUGACCGUGCUCCUCAUUGACAUUAUUGUAUUCAGCAAGGAAAGGGAUGUCAUUACAGUGACCUUGUCGUUAGCUUCAGCCAUACCACCCUGUGUGAACCCCAUUGUGUAUUCCCUGGCAACCAAAGAAAUCAGGAACAGAAUACUGUCUAUGUUCCAGAAAGUCAAGGUAGCAGCGUGGGCAGGGCAGAGGUAG